ACCUUCUCCCGAGGCAGCGGCGGCGGCAGCCAGGGAGGCCGGGGCUGCGCUCGGGCCGGGGGCGGGGGCUGGGGCCGGGCCCGGGGCGGCGGGGCCGGCGCCUCCGCUCUCCUCUUGCUCCUGCAGCAGUCUCUGCUCCCACUGCGGCCGUGGCCCCCCUCGGAGCGGCUCUCCGCUCUACGCGCCCGCUGAUCCCGCAGUUCCCCGGCCCAUGUACUGGAAGCAUGAGAACGCCGCCCCGGCGCUGCCCGAGGGCUGCCGGCUGCCGGCCGAGGGCGGCCCCGCCACCGACCAGGUGAUGGCCCAGCCAGGGUCCGGCUGCAAAGCGACCACCCGCUGUCUUGAAGGGACCGCGCCGCCCGCCAUGGCUCAGUCUGACGCCGAGGCCCUGGCAGGAGUCCUGGACAAGGACGAGGGUCGGGCCUCGCCAUGUACGCCCAGCACGCCUUCUGUCUGCUCGCCGCCUUCUGCCGCCUCCUCCGUGCCGUCUGCCGGCAAGAACAUCUGCUCUAGCUGCGGCCUCGAGAUCCUGGACCGGUAUCUGCUCAAGGUCAACAACCUCAUCUGGCACGUGCGGUGCCUCGAGUGCUCCGUGUGUCGCACGUCGCUGAGGCAGCAAAACAGCUGUUACAUCAAGAACAAGGAGAUCUUCUGCAAGAUGGACUACUUCAGCCGAUUCGGGACCAAGUGCGCCCGGUGCGGCCGACAGAUCUACGCCAGCGACUGGGUGCGGAGAGCUCGCGGCAACGCCUACCACCUGGCCUGCUUCGCCUGCUUCUCGUGCAAGCGCCAGCUGUCCACUGGUGAGGAGUUCGGCCUGGUGGAGGAGAAGGUGCUCUGCCGAAUUCACUACGACACAAUGAUCGAGAACCUCAAGAGGGCCGCCGAGAACGGGAACGGCCUCACGUUGGAGGGGGCAGUGCCCUCGGAACAGGACAGUCAGCCCAAGCCGGCCAAGCGCGCGCGGACGUCCUUCACCGCGGAACAGCUGCAGGUUAUGCAGGCGCAGUUCGCGCAGGACAACAACCCCGACGCUCAGACGCUGCAGAAGCUGGCGGACAUGACGGGCCUCAGCCGGAGAGUCAUCCAGGUGUGGUUUCAAAACUGCCGGGCGCGUCAUAAAAAGCACACGCCGCAGCACCCAGUGCCGCCCUCGGGGGCGCCCCCGUCCCGCCUUCCCUCCGCCCUGUCCGACGACAUCCACUACACCCCGUUCAGCAGCCCCGAGCGGGCGCGCAUGGUCACCCUGCACGGCUACAUCGAGAGUCAGGUACAGUGCGGGCAGGUGCACUGCCGGCUGCCUUACACCGCACCCCCUGUACACCUCAAAGCCGAUAUGGAUGGGCCGCUCUCCAACCGGGGUGAGAAGGUCAUCCUUUUUCAGUACUAACGUUGCCGGCACUUCCGCACCUGCCUGUGGGCGCCCCACAGCUGCCCCUCAGCCGCUGAGGUCCAGUGUCCAAGCUGCAGCCAGGAAUCCACCCACCUCCGCAUCCACCCCCGUCCGCCAUCCUGCCCACCACCAGGUCGGUUCCCGAGGCCUGGCCUUUCCCUCUCCUGCUGAGAACCAGAACCCACCAAGAGCACCACAGAGUCCUCCUCUUGGAAGGCAGAACUUCCUGAAGUCUGGAAUCAGGGUGGAAACAGCCUGUUUUUCCCAUUUAAACAAGAGUCCUCUUCAACUUCAGCUGAUUACGAUAGCAAAAGGCGGAAUUGAAUAGUGUAACACCAACGGCCUUCUAAUUUACAGGUUUUCUUCCCCCACAUUGGCCUUUAUUUACUACUUCCUUGGAACCAUCUCUGACUUCUGAAUAGCUGACAACCCCCAAUGUUAUCCACUCUGUUGCUUUUGUCUGGAAAACUCUACAGUGUUUGUGGGAUGUCCCCAAAGGAAAGCUAUGUUCUAAUUUUAUCAUUUCCAUCUGUCUGGUUAUGUCAAGUUAAUUCAGAAAGAGAAGAGACAGUGACCAACCCUGAGAGGCCCAAUAGGGCAGAGAUGGAGGCCUACCCAGACUAGGAGGCAGGGGGCAUAGACAGGGAAUGGGGGGAACAAAGACCCCCAUUGGUUUGGAAAUCAAGGAGCGGGUAGUGGCAUAUUGGACCAGAAGAGGCACUAGCCAUUUUAAGGAGAGGACAGCGACAAUUCUGCCACCAUCUAAUUGUCCAGCAUACAUGCAGGAAACAUAACAGAGAUGGUACUUGAUCUGUGCCAUGACUCUUCUGAAUGUUUGGAUAGGUUAGAGCUGGGGACCCCUGUUGUCUACUUGUUGACCUCUCGUAGGGGUACUUGGGCCAGGUCUUCUUGAUGGAGUGGGGAUCCCUCAUGGGGGAAAGGGAACAGAGCCCAGUGAAAUGGCAGUCAGAAUGUUAACCCUGGGUCCAUCUCUAAGUAGAGAGAGGGUGCCCAUUGCCUAGGUGAGGGUGCCAAGCUCAGGAUUCCAAUUGGCACCUCUGUGCUUCCCCGACAGUACUUCCUGGAGCCAGCUCCACCCACCCUUGAGAACAGAGGCCACACACAGCCGCAUAACAUCCAUCCUGCUACAACUCUUCCACCCCAGACAGAAGGGCUUGGGUGACACACGACCAUGAUUUAUGUUUUCAGGGGAUGCCCAUUUGUCCCAAGCUUAUCCUGUAAUUCUAGAACUACUUGGUGUCCUGAUGCAUUUUCCACUAGAGGUUGCUAGUCAGCAUGUUUUAGCCCAAGUCCGCCUUCCUGCUGUGGUUAACCUGUUAUGUUGCUUUUAGAAGGAGGCUCCAGGACAGGGAAAGCAAGUUCAUGGUACAUAUGCGGCCAUUGUCUCUGUUUUUACCCAUGGCAGACAUUGCUAAUCAAUGGCAGCUCUAUCUCACUGAGUCUGGAUAAGGUUUCAGAGUUCAAAUGCUUGAAGUUGGCACUUAAAAUGAAAGCCUAUAUGUCAUUCUUGCUCUGGGAUCUAUAGGCGGGCUAGGCACAGGUGCAGCCCAAGAAGGGAACCUGCUUCCUCUCCCUUCCAAAGAUGGUGACAGCUGACUGAGGGCAAAGAGAAGGCACCACUCAGAACGUGGUGAGUACAGCUCAGCUCAGCACUCAUCCAGCAGUAACUUGUGCCCAGUCCUGUGCUAGGCGCUGACAUUAACAGGAGCAACCAGAGCCCAAUCCCUGGCCUUGGGGAGCUCACAUCUUUCAUUUGAUUUUUGUUCCUGAUCAUCAAGGCCCCAGUGGCAACCAUGUGGUAAGUGGCCAGCCAAGCCCUGCCCAGGGUCACCCAACCCCCACUCUGCCUUGAGCCUCUCCUCAGGGUCUAUUCCUUGCGUGGAUCAUGUGGCCGUAGCAUGUUACAGUUCAAACAUGUCUCCACUACCCUGUUAAGAAGAGCAGCCUGGGAACAUACAGGCCGUCAGACUAUUUAUUUAAAUACAAAAAAAGGGGAACACACACACACACACACGGAAAAAAAAAUGUAAGCACUUUUUUUUGUAAAACCAAUGUCUGUUUUGUUACAUACCUUUCAUGUUGUGCUUUGUAAAUGUCUUAUUUGUGUAAUAAAGUUAAUGCAAGUAGAAAUGCUGGCACUGAAAUCCA